AACUAAUUGAUCAAUAUGGGAUCAUUUUCAGCUAUCAUCAUUGAGUCUUCGGAGACCUCGCAACAAUUAAAUACAAUGUCUGUUACAUCUGAAGUGAGUAAGGAUCUACUGGACUUGAAUGAACAAAGGGAUAGUCGAUGCAUGGUGGAAUAUAGUAAUUAUAUGGACUGGCUGAGACACCAGAGAAGACAUUUUUUACAGAAUCAACAUUUGGCUACUUUAGAAAUGAAACAGAUUGCUCAUUCUGACACUGGCAGAAGCUCAUGGGCAAAUCCAGCCCACCCUGUUCACGCUCAGAGGAGACAUUUCCCACAGAGAAAUAAUACCAUAUUUGGAUAAAGACCAUGACCAAAUACCUUUUGCUUUGAACAUUUGGCAUGUUUGAAAAUAAACAAAAAUACACUAGUGUGUACUUCACUUGAA